UAACAUGUUAAGGUAGACGUAUUUUAGGGCCCUAGGUUUGUUUAUCUAUUCUAUAUUUCGAUGUCAAAUUAUGGAGAUAAACAAUAAAGUGAUGUGACGUUGUAUGAAAGUGUAGAAUCGGAUCUGGAGUUUUAUUCGAUUAUUUAAAAUGGACCUUUUGACUUUAUUUUGGACUCUUGUUGUUAGUCUAAUAAAAAUCUCGGAGGCGGGUCCCAUCGGUGAUCAGUGUGAUUGGACUGGAAGUGGUCUGUCGUCAUCUGAGAGGGGAGUAACUCCCGUCUACCUCAGGUGUAGAGAAGGCAACGUCUCGUGGCUGUAUCCCCGGGGAGCAUUAAGGCUGCUGUUCCGACCACCGUUACCCGCUGAGGAGAAGGACUUCAGGGUGUGCAUCAGGGUUAUCAGGAGGCCGGACCCUCCUGAGCUGUUUCAUUCACUGCAGGUUAACAAGACAGAAGCCACAGAACGAUUCCCCGCUCGAAUCUUCGUGGAAGGUCCAAGAAAGCUGAUAGCUCUGUAUGCGCCAGACGACAAUGACCCUCGGGAACUCCGCUGCUUCCGUAGUAAACAUGGCCGCGCCGCGUUGUACGUCGAAGCAGAGCCUGAAGAAGGGCCUAAGAGACGAGUUGCCACUUUCAAGUACGAAGCCAAGUCGCUGGUGAGGAGGCACUACGACCCGGCCACGGCUGAAUGUAGACCAUGCUCCGAGUCUGAACUGGAACUCGCGUUCUGCACGAGCGAUCUCGUGUCGCGAGGCGUGAUAGUUGGAAGUGAACACCGUGAAGAUCUGGACACCACACAAUUAACCUUGAGGGUGACAAAACUGAUCAGAGCCACCGCAGGCGGCGGAGAACCCAAUGAAAUCGCGGAUGAUGACUAUUUUAGAUACCAAACGGAUAACUCAGUUUUGCCACACAAGCACCGCAGAGAGCGCAGUAUUCACGCCCAUGUCCACGUGGCGUCUGCGUGUGGCGCCUCCGCCGGGGCGGGCGAGUUUCUGGUGAUGGCACGCCGGGCUCUGGGUCGGUACCGGCUGGUGUGCGCGCCCCGAGCACACGAGUGGCGGCAGCUGGUGGAGAAGAGAAACGCCGAGGGAACUGCACACUGCCUGUUGCAACACUGACAAGUGACAUCUGUCAAGUGUCAAUCAACAUUUGACAAUUGACAUAAUCUGUUGUAGAAGUUGUAUCACGUAAUCAACGAUAGGGCUGUACGCAAUAGUGAAGCGGGUUGUUGGCAUUUUGUUGAAAAAUAUUCAAAUCGCUUGUUAUAUUCUGCUGAUCUGAUAAUGUUUUAAGCUGUAGUUUAGCUUGCAUAUUCAAAUCUAUUGAAAUUAAGUUAUUGAGAUACAUUUUUUGUAAAGUACCUAUAUUUGUCAUUAUCUAUUCAUAGGAAUUUUUAGCCAUACGUAACACACGUUUUUACAUUGAUAAGACUACUGGAACGUAUCUUGACAUCGAGUGCACACCUUAGUUGUAUUUGCAUUCGUAUUAUUUUGUUUACGAUUUGCUAAUUGAUUUGUGUGUAUUCUAUUUUCUCUUAUUGGGAGACAAGUUACGCAUAUUGGCCUAAAGGUGCUAUAUACAUAUUAAAAACAAAGAUAUUAGAAUUUAACGUGUGCUAUAAAACUAUACACAACACUUACCAGUUAAUUUAAUAUAAAACAGAUUGCUAGAGUCCUUAAUGCCAUCACAAUGAUAAUGUCAAUAUUUAGAUUGAAUACAUUUUAUACUCUAUCUCCUCUUCCUCUUCACGGCGGAUGGCUAUCGCCAUGAAAUAUCGCUGAUAUAAACAAUCGAAGUUUAUGGUAAAAUUGACGAAAGCCGUACAUAAUAUAUCCUUCGGUUGUGUGCCUACACUUAAGUACACAGGACACUGGUUGCUUUUAAAGUUUCUAUAAGCUGAUAGAAUAUUAAAAAAAUUGUGUUUAAUACUUCACAAUAAUUGUAAAUAGGGAUAGUGGUGUUAGCUUAGAAAGCGUUGGUUUUUGUUCCACCAUUUAAAGUUAAUUUGUUGCUUUUAGCGUUAUCCUAAAUUGAUAUAAUUAUAGUACAUAAUAUAUCGAAGGUUAUCUGAAGACGUGGUCCACAGUGCCAAAAUUAAAAUUUUAUUUUAGUAUUGUAAGGUUGAUCUCAACUUGUACAUAAGAAUAUUAGAAUAAAAUAUAGAUAUUAUAUUAUUAUUAUUACUGAAGUAGAGUAACCAUCAACAUGGCUUGAAUUAAAUAGUUUAACAUAAGCGCUUCCAUUACUUAUUUAAGUACAGUAGAACCUUCAUAAGUCAAAACAGCCAUAACCCAUAAAUAAAUUGGUCCCUUUAAGUAGAUUUUUAUUUAGUUAUUUAUAAUUUGCCUUCAUAGUUAAAAAGAAAAUAUUAUAUUGAAUCUAAACCGACAUAAACCGAUCUUUAUUUAAAAUCUGCCGAAUGUCAAAGAGGUUCUACUAAAAUUUUAUAUUUGUAGUAUUUUUAUAAUUCCUACAUUAGGUAUUAGUAUGAAUGUAUAUGAAUAUAUACAUAAAUGUAAAUUCUAAUUGACAGAAAUAUAUCUAUCGAUAAGUUUGCCUGAAAUAUAUUUCGUUCUAUGAAUUCAUAAUAAUUCAUUGUACAAUUUAUAGAAUACGAAGUCUUAAAUUUGUAAAACAAUAAAAAUUAACACUUAUUAUUUUUAAACGAUUCUAUUGUUUUAUACACAGUCAUAAAACAAAAUUUGAUGGUAGUACCUACUGCGAGGUAAUAAUACUAACGAUAGACAUUCGGUGUUCGGGCAUUUAUAAUAUAAUAUGUUUAAAUCAUACACUUAAUAUACUAGCGUAAUAGACAGACACUCUCCUCAUUACGGCGAGACUAAAUUUAAAAUGUUUAUGUGAGAUAGAUUUACAGAUGUUUUAGUGAGUUAGUGAAGUGUGUAGUAUUUUUCUUUUAGACAAUCCCUAUGUAUUCUGUAAUAAUGAUAAACGGCGUCAUAUUCAAGUAUACAAUAUUUUAUUUUAUUUAAAAUGUAAUAUUUAGUAUUUUAGUGUAUAAUAUUAUAUUCUACGAAAAUAAACAUCACGAAGAAGAUAAAUUCUUUAGUUGGAUUGUUUCUAUAUGUAACAACACAAUCUAAUACAGAACAUGACACCAUUAUAUUUUUUAAUUUAUACCCAUUAAAACACAGAAAAAUAACGAUAAAAAGACUAAAACUAAAAUGCGGUCCAAUUUGACAGGAGACUAAUGGACACUAAAUUGUUUCAAAACGGCUUCAUGGUCUUCAUCUAUUCCGUCUCUUUUUCACAACUAUGUUUUUAUGUAAGGAUAGGUAUCUCACUUUCACACAGGGUUCGUCUAUUACGGUAAUAUAUUAAGUUUAUGGUUUAUAUAUACAUAGGUAUGUGUUUACACCUUUUUGUCAAACUUACGGGUAACGGGUCUUAACUCCUACAGUUACGAACAUUGCUGACGAGUCAACGUUAUAGGUAUUUCAUGAGAUUCUGAAUAAAAUAGUAAGAAAUAUCAUGCUAAGUAUUGCUAAAUAUUUUUUUAUACAUGUGUUUCCUUCUUUAUCCCCCCGGUUUUAAUGUUGGUAAUUUUACCUCAAGUAUCUAUGAUUUCUGAUAGCGGGCAGCAAAUUCUAGACGUCAGAAUACUGUCAAGUAGAUACACUUGUCACAAAUUUAAAAAUUUCACUCUAUUUACAUUUCUACUUCCUUGGCCUAAAAUAACAAAAAAAUGCCAUUGUAAAUAACACGUUAUUUUGUUAUUGCAAUUAUUGUAUAGUAACCUAAGUGCUUCCAUGCGGAAUAUUGAAAACAGUAUUUAAAUAUUUUAAGUAGAAGUAUGAAAUGAUUAAUUAUCAUAUUACAAGAAUAUUAAUAUAAUAUGUAUACUAUGGUAAUAAUAUAUUUUGUAUGAAUAAUAGUUUAGAAUGUAUGUUUAGAUAUUUUUUGAUGUGAUAUUAAUGGAAUAUAGUAUUUUCAAGUGCCUAUAAUUAAUGUAAAUAAAGUAAUAAAUUGUAUAUUAUCAUAAAUAAAUAAUACAGUAUGGAGAUGUUAAAUAAAAUAUAAAGAAUA